GCGAUGGGUUUCAAUAAAGACGUAAUAAGCGCAAGAUCUUUCUAUAUAUGGUUUUCACAAAAACUUAUCGUUAUGCCAAUGUCAGAAAUUGCUUUUGGAAGGAUAUCACUUUUAAAGAUGUUUACACUAUUUACAAGCUAUCUGAACUCUUUUCGAGGCAAAAAUUCCAGUAACAUCAUUAAUAAAGCCUGUUUAUAUCAUCAAAUUCCUGCAACGAGAGAUAAACAAGAAUGA